GCUCAGUAGAGGGGUACCGAUGGAAGUCGCGUGAAGAUGGCGGUUUUAUUUCGGGGAGGAGUCAAUUGAUUAUCACGAAUUGAUUUCAUCUCGCCUUACAUCUCUUUUCCAGUUUGACUUCGAAGAUUCUGAAGUACAAGCAUGCAUUGGCAUUUUUCACAAGCUGCAGCUGCGGAGGAGCAACAGCUCUUCGAUGCUGUUGAUAGGACCACUCGUGCGCGCGACGUGCAACGAAAGAACGAGUGUUCAUGUUCUUCAUCAGUGAGGAGAUAGAUGCAUCAAAGUCCUGUUGUGAUGUCCACUGUAGAUGAAUUUGCAGGCUUCGACCCAGGCGAACAAGUGAAAGAUCCGCAUUGCUUUCCAUUCAGAGAUCCAGCUCGCUGUUUUUUUUCCUUUUUGACGCGGCGUAGAGUCUCAUUCGAGUAACCUGAAGCUGAAUCUCAUGCGUUUUUUCCACGUCCUGUUGAGAUUUUGAUCUUUAGCCAGUGGCCGCCAGAAGUGUUUUAUAGGAAUUGCAAGCUGUCCUUUUCGUUCUUUUGCGUGCGCAUCUUGAGUAGAUCGGGAAGAACAACUCAGAUAGUUAGAAAAGGCUCUUUUUGCUGGGCACUUGAGAAAAGAUUGCACGUGAUUACAAUUUUCCCAUACUGUGAAGUAUUUGUGCACAAGAAAUUUUAAGUAUUCGUUAUGAUGGUGAAAAUGUCUACUGCAACUGCUACGGCUACAUCUCCACACGCCCGCUGCUGAAGACCGCUUGAGUGACCGGGCAUUCAUGUUCUGCACGAGUUUCUCAUCUGCCAAGCCGACCUACAUCAGUCACGCCAAAAAAGCCUACGUCGCAAAGCUUUCGCACACAAGCCGGCGCCGUCGUCUGUAACGGUACCGACGUAGACAGAUCGUAGAGAAGGGAGUCAGUCUGUCAGCAGGCGCGACACAAAACUACUGGAGAAAUUUUCCAAUUGCGUAGCUCUAGCGCUUGGGCAACGCGAUUUUUUUCAGAAAGCAGCGACGCAGUUCAGACCGGCGACAAAAUACGUUCCCAGUGUGGAAAACGCUGAGGACACCAGAAUUCACAAAUCCAGAAGAAACGGCUUGAAAAACAAGCAAAUCUAACGAUGUUCUCGGGAUGGAGAAGAUUCCUGAGCCGAGACCUGGUCCGCCAGGAAGAGGCCCCACCCGUGUCCGCGACUCCAGGACUGGACAGUGCGUCCAGCAUAGUAAUGCCAAAACCUACCUGCAUCCAGUACGACAACUUCUCAAGGGAAUGGAUGCAGAUCUCGCAGCUCGACAACUUUGAUGGGUAUGUUGUUGUAUACAGAUGGGCUUUUCAUUUCACAUUUAUCAAGCGUGGUCUUUAAAGCUUGCGUGGCAUCCUUCUGAAAAAAUUUGCACACAAAGCGCUGAUUGGUUCUAACUGUAGUUCCACCUGUAAAAAAAUUAACGAACAGAUUCCGCAUAGAAGUCGGAAAGCCAUUAACGAAGAACUUCAAUGCGGCACACACUCUGCUCCUGGGAACAGCAUCGAAGCAGCAGCCUUACGCCUACCAGUUCGGACCAGUUUUCCAAACGGAAGACGGGAGGCUAUUCAUGAUGGGUAAGUUGCACAAAGAAAUAGUGCGAUUAUCAUCUCAGUUAUGUUCUUUCAUGCGGCGCAGUUACGACGCACAAGGACAGAUCAGCGGAAGUUUUCUAUCAUGAUGUCUCUAUGAUUGAUUCUGCGCAAAAACUACAUCCAAGGUAAAACAUCGCUUGACGGCUUGCUGAAUGCGCGCGUCGUGAAGAAGGUGAUGGGACCCUACUGCGACCUCAGGGCAAACAUGUCCUCCUGCGUGAUAGAGCCAUCGAGAAAUAUGUACUUGUUUGUGUUUUUUUUUGCUUGACGCUUUCUGAUGCAGAUUUUCGAAAAAGUAGGUGGAACGCGUGGAUUGUGAGUUGAAGUGUCAGCACAUUUGUCCAAAUCUGCACAUCAGGUACGAGUUUUCCAAGGAUUUGAACUUCAAAAGAUGGUGCACUUCUACGAAACUUGUGUGGCAAGGCAUUUGGAUCUGCAACUUCGGGUUUUCUUCCCUCGUCACAAAGAACCUCCACCUCGGCGGCGAAGUCACCUAUUUGAACUUGCUCAGUCGCGGCGCCAGCAUGGGCACGCUCGGAUUCAGGUUGGUUUUUUUUUGUGUAUUCAAGAACCUCUUACGCGACAGUUUCUCGUUUAGGUUUUUCUUGUCCACUUCUGUGAUGGUAGAUUCUGAAGGUGAAGAACUACAUGAGUUGAUUGUGGUGAAACAAAUAUAGGUAUGAGGACAACGGAAACACUUUGUCGGGGACUGUCGGACGAACGCCGGACUUCAAAAAUCCCAUGCGGGAGGAACCGCUGCACGGCAUACGCCUCCAGUACGCACGAAGGGUAAAGAACUGAAGUUCACCAUGAUAGAGGAUUUGUUUUGCCUCACUUUUCAUCUUUCGCAGGCACGGUGAAAAAAUUAUUGGAAUAUAAAAGUUCUAGCACCAGAUCAAAAAUUUUUCGAUGAAUCACUUUCACAACAGAUAAGCGAGCGUGUAUCUCUGGGCUGCGAAUACGACUGGAGCUACCCAGAGCACGAGUCUGCCAUGAAGGUAGGCUACGAAUACACCUUCCGAACCUCCAGGGUGCAGGGGCUGCUUGAUACUGCAGGUACAACUGUGAUCCAGUUCAUCUUUCAGGCUUUGAUCAUGCAUUCAUACAUCAGACAUUCAACCCUUUUGCUGCAACAGAGCGCAGGCCGGAAUGCACUUAAAAUAAACCGGCGAUGGAAAAGAGUUGAUGUAGUAUUUCCCAAUCUCCAUGCACACAGGUCGAGUAUCCUGUUUCAUCAACGAUUUCAAGGGUUUUGCCCUUUCCGGCGUCAUUGACUACAUGGCCAACGAGUACAAAUUCGGCGUGCUGAUGCACUACUUUCCGGCUGGAGAGAAUGCGGAGGGCGGGGAGGCACCAAUCAUGUAGUUCUGUCACUCCAUUUUUACCGAGUGUCGUGCUAGUAGGGUGUAAGAUAGAAGUACACCCCAUUCUUCAGCUUUCACGUUCUUCAGUCCAGGUACAGUCUUCACCAGUAUAGAAUCAAAGUAAACGAACAAAGCUUGAACCAUAGUAAUAAGCAGAAUCUGUUUGCUGGGCUUCUCAUGGCCCAGCUUAAGGGGAGCGAUGUACACAACAGCAAUUUGGCUCUUCCACCAUCCUUCCACACGAGCUUUUGCUUUUGACGAAUAUUGUAUAACAGUGUGAUUGGUUUUCUCGAAAAAUGACUCUUGUUCUUUUGUACCCAAAGCCCGAAUCCCGGGUUUUGGAAGGUCAUUUUUUAAGUAGCUAACGAGCCCCAUGUUGACCUGCUGAGUUCUUUUGAUUGGUGCGCUAGGUUAUUCUCAAGAUUGCGACUCUCGGAAUCUUGAUCUACUUCACGAAAAUGUAUUUAGGGUCUUCGUCAAGAAUACAGAAAACACAAUUGAUUACGCGACAAAACGACACAAUACAACAAGAACCGCCUUGCCUGCUUGACCCCGUCCUCCA